CAGUGUCCUCGCCACAAGGCCUCGUUGCUGCAUAUAUACAUCCAUCCCGGCAAGCUUCUGCAGGAGUUCCGUCUCUUCCUCCGUCGCAGGCAUGAGGGUUCUGGUCGCCUUACUUGUGGCCGUCGUGGCGGCAACGACAGGAGGCGAAGCUGGAUCCUCGGCCAGCACAGUGCAGCCCUACUACCAGUCUCCUUACUCCUCGGCUCACGGCUACACUCCCGCCUAUCCUAACAGUCAAGGUUACGGCUAUAACUACCCAUAUGACACCGGCUCUGGCUACGGCCUUGGCUACCCUCACGUCUCCGGCUCUGGAUAUACUCCUAGCUCCUACGGAUAUCCUGUUUACAACUAUGGGUAUCCUCACGGUUAUUACGGCUACCCCAAUGACUACAGUUCCAGCCAUUAUCCGAGCUACGUCAACGGCUACCGCUGUGUGCUCUCCAAUGACUACGGCUAUGGCUACGGCUCCUCCAGCGGCUAUAGGUACAAAUGUGACUACCCGAGCGUCGGCUACUCGUAUGUGAGGCAGAGUAGAGGGAAGAGGGAAGCCCAGCCGAGUAGCUACACGACCCCCACAAAAUCCUAUCCCUACUACUAUCCCUACGGCUAUUCCUACUCCUACCGCCGAGACUACAAUUACCGUUAUCCCUACGGCUACGGUUACAACAUCACAUACCCUUAUCACUAUACCAAGGGUUACAGGUACCCCUCCAACUACGGGUACCCCUCCAACUACGGGUACACCUACAAGAACCGGUACCCCUACGGUCACGGAUAUAACAGUUACCCUUAUGGUUACAACUACGGUUAUGGCUAUCCCUAUGCUUACCCUUAUAGUAGUUACGGUUACGGUUAUGGCUAUCCGCAACAAAAACGCACCUAUGGUUAUGGAUACAAGCACACUGUGACCAAAAGAGAAGCAGAACCUAUAUCCUUCCUCCUUAAAGGGUAUCCGAAUCCAUAUUAUAGUAAGCAAAACUGAUUCUUCCCCCGGUAUCGUCACUACUACACCCCUGCCUACCCUCGCCUCGCCUCUGGGUAUGGGUACUGCACGCCAAUAGGGUAGCGGGCCGUAGCCACCUGAAGUUUUGGUAAUGAGUGCAGUACGAUAGUUUAGGUAAAGGUGUGUAUUGAGUCUUGGGCCCACGUGAUGUUAUGGUACGAUAAUGUCCGAAAAUACGAUAAUGAGCUGAGUUAGAAAGUAUAGCAAAUGAAAGAGUAUAGAUAAGAUGUACAAGAGUAAUAAAAAAUGUAUGAAAAAGUUUA